UCCCCCUCCGCGCGCCCCCGCCCCGCCGGGCGCUCCACCCAGCGUCCGUCUUCCCUCCUAAAAACGAGUGUGACUCGCUAUCGACAAGUUGAGUUGGGAAAAGGCUUUAUUUCCUUAAAAUGUACACGGGAAACCUUUGAAACCAGCGUGACGGCGACGUAAGGCUGGCGGCAGCAUCUAAUUGGUCGGGUGAAGGCCCCGCAGAGCGAGCGCGUUGCCGUCGUCGUUGACGCUGGAGGCGAAAGGGUGAGGAGCUGGAAGAUCAUAACGUUGAUCGAUGUUGGGGCAACAUGCAAAGGAUUUUAACCCAAAUUUUAAGGCCAAAGCAAAUCUGCAGAAACUACUGUAAGGUUAAGAUGUCUACUUCUGAUUAUGUUGUGCUCAAUACUGGACAAAAGAUGCCUCUCAUUGGGCUGGGGACAUGGAAAAGUGGACCUGGUGAGGUAAAAACAGCUAUCCUGAAUGCAUUGAAGAGUGGUUAUCGUCAUGUGGACUGUGCUGCAGUGUACAAUAAUGAAGCUGAAAUUGGAGACCUCUUUAAAGAAGUAGUUGGUGCCGAUAAGAUUGUGAAACGUGAAGAACUUUUUGUAACCUCCAAGCUGUGGAAUACUAAGCAUCAUCCUGAAGAUGUGGAAACUGCUUGUCGCAAAUCUUUGGAAGAUCUGAAGCUCACUUACCUGGAUUUAUACCUGAUCCACUGGCCUUUUGCCUUUCAAAAAGGUGACAACCCCUUCCCAGUGAAUCCUGAUGGGGCAAUACAGUAUGAUUAUAUCGAUUAUAAGGAAACUUGGAAAGCUAUGGAGAAAUUAGUAGAAAAGGGCUUGGUGAAAGCUAUUGGCCUCUCAAACUUCAGCAGUCGACAGAUAGAUGAUGUUAUUGCUGAAGCUACUAUCAAACCAGCAGUGCUGCAGGUAGAGUGUCAUCCAUACUUGGCUCAGAAUGAACUGAUUGAGCAUUGCCAGAAACUUGGAUUGAAAGUGACUGCCUAUAGUCCACUUGGUUCCCCUUACCGGCCAAAGAAAGACACAGAUGAACCAUUGUUAAUUGAAGAUUCUGAUAUUAAAGCAAUAGCCAAUAAGCAUGGAAAAUCACCUGCUCAAGUGCUGCUCAGGUGGCAGGUACAGCGUGGGGUAGUAGUCAUUCCCAAGAGUGUCAAUGCAGAGCGAAUUGCACAGAACAUGCAGGUGUUUGAUUUCACACUGACUGAAGAUGAAAUGAAAACAAUUGGAAGUCUCAAUAGAAACUACCGGUAUAUUGUUCCAAAGGUGAAGGUUGGUGACAAAUUUGUGGUGAGAGAUGCACUGCAUCCAUAUUACCCUUUCCAUGAUCCAUAUUAGUGAUGGUGGGAUGAGCCAUUGCUGCCUCAGUUAUUUGUUGUACCGUUUGGUAAACCAAUUUUGCUUAUAAAAAAUUGAAUGUGUUUGCAUCAUAUAGAAGAAACAUGUAGUCACUCUUUAAGAGAUUUGACUGCAAACAAUUCAUUCAAAAAUGUAAAUGUUUGGAAAUAAAAUCAACUUUUGUACAAGUCAA